AUACGGACAACAUCGAUAUAAAUAACUGCAGUGGUAUAAUAAAUGUUACGUUCAAUUUUUGGAAAAUAAGCUUGUUUCGGUUUCGCUGAAAUGUUGAAUGUUUAUGAAUUUGUGUAUAAAUCAUAUGAAGUUAAUAAAUGAUUUGGUUACCAUAUAGAUACUGGAUAAUGAUUCUGAUAUAAACGGUUCUUACCGUUAUGGCAUCUUCAGCAAACCUAUUUUCUCCGUCUGAGAAACAAAAAUGUCAAGAGGUUGUGAGAAUUCUUCAACAGGAAACGUUGCUAGCUGUGGAUUGUGAAGGAGUGCAACUUGGUAAAGACGGGCCUCUAACACUGCUUCAAAUUGGCACCUUAAAUGGGACUGUUUAUUUAUUUGACGUCAUGAAAAAUGAACAGGAACAGGAUAAAAGCUUCUUCAAGGAUUCUGGUCUCGAUGGCUUAUUGACAUCUUCAGAAAUAGUAAAGGUAAUCCAUUCUUGCAGUGAGGAUAGUGCGGCUCUCUUCCAUCAGUUCGGAAUCAAGUUAGAAAAUGUUUUUGAUACACAGGUGGCUCACUUGGUGAUUGAAGAACACAAAGGUAGAAAGCUACCUUCACGAGAAAAGUUGGAAGAAAUAUGCAAGAUGUACUCGGCUGCAGCCGGGGUAUAUGCGAGGAAGGAUGAUGUACAGCUUGAAUACGUCAAGAAUGAUGGCAACUUCUGGGCUAAAAGACCGUUGUCACAAGAAAUGAUUGACUACGCAAGUGGGGACGUAGCUGCUCUUCUGCCGGAAGUGUAUGACAAUCAAAACAGGUAUUUAGAUGAAAACAAACUAAUGGAUAAAUUCUACGAAAGAGUUAAAGAAGAAAUUGAAAUUGAAAUAGAUCCAGUAAACAAAGAAAAGCGUAAAGAUAGACAGACCAAGAUAAAGAAUGAAAUCCUUACAAGCAUGUCGAAAAAAUAUAAAAAUAGGACGGAGUUAGCUGACUUAACUGUUGAUGAGAAAAGAGCACUGAAUGAGACAAGCCUAACUGAUAUUUCGUCUGCCAAGCAUCCAGAGGUGAUACGAGAAUUAAAACUCGAAUUUUAUGCUGAGUAUUUGAAGUCUCUCGAAGAAGAAUUAAAAGAUCCUUGCAAAUUUCAUCCAAAACCACAUAUUCUUUUUAAACUGAAUGAAAUCUCAUUUCAAGGAACACGUACAAUGAGAAGAGACGGCACAAUAAUUAAGAAACUAUUCAUAAAGAUCUUAUCAGACGACAUCGAGAGAAAAUAUUACACGGACACACCAGUUACUCAACUCUCACGAUGUGAAUAUAAAAUUCUUCAAAAUCUUAGACCGCUUUAUGAUGAUAUACCAUAUCCAGAAACUGUCUUAGCACUGCACUGGAGAAUUAUUGCGGAUGACCUUGACGAAGAUAUGGAGAAGCUUACGUCUGACCCGGAGCAUGAGGUUAAUAAUGUACCAAGAUUAAUACGUUUUAUUAGGGAUGUUAGAGUUCCUGAAUAUAUAAAAUCCAAGGCUCGGGAAGUCCGAAAGUCGAAUGAAGAUGCUAUAUUAGAACGACUUCCUCACAAAUAUGAUUUAAACAGCAAUGCUGAUGACCUAACUGAGGCAGAGAAAAUAGUUCUUGAUAGAUUGGAUGUUAUAUAUAAUGACUAUGAUCCUAUAGUCGAGUUCUUGCACUGGGAAGUGACCUAUUUCAUACUUUGCAAAGAAUUUGAGGAUUUCAAAUCGGGAAAAUUUACAGGCAAAGAUUAUAUGUCCAGAAAGCUAGAUUUUCUCUCGACGAACGAACAGGUACCAGAUAAAAUUAAAGAAAAGUCGAAAGAGUUCCAGAAGGAAAUGUCAAAGAAAAAAGAACGAAGGAAACAACACAACAAAUAAUUAUAUGUUUAAACAUUUAUGUUUAGAAAAGAACGAUAGAACGUGAAACGGAAAGAAUUUAAGUCCCAAUGUUAUUACAUGUCUGAAGUUAAAUCAAAUGCUAAUCUUAAUAAAUAAAGGCGCAGAUUUAGACCAAAAAGUUUUGCCAGCGACCAGUUUUUUUUAAUUCUCCAACAAUCACUGGAAUAUUUUUGCUUCAGCAAACAUUUUUUUUUUUCGUUUUACGGCGAAUGAGUUUACAUGUUCCUCACACAUAGCCAUAGGUUUAGAAAAGUUACUUAAAUUUAAAUUUGUCUGUUAUUAUAUAUAUUUACUUGCGUUCUUCUUUUCUUCUUUCAUUUUUAUUAUGUCCGGUGCUACGUUGAACAAACUACAUAAUUUUCUGAUAUGCCUGUCUGCAUUAAAACUCUGCCAUCUUAAGGAACAUAGUGUCUUGUUCAUGCAAUGAAAACAUAUAAGAGAUAUUUACUAACAAAGUAAAGUUUGCUUAAAUAAAACAUAUAUAAUAAACCAGAAACAUGCUUCUACAUAAACAAAAAACUUUAAAGUAAAAUCCUUGUUGCCGUGGCAACAGAUAAGUUUUUUGCAGCAAAUAUUUGCUAUGCUCAUAAAAAAAGAAGUGUCCUUUCACAGAGUUAUAAACAUGGAUUAACAUGAUUUAUUCUUGAAAGAAAAUACAUAACAUUUUGCCAAGGAAUAAGAAAAUCUGCAAUGUUUCCAGUUUUCUAUCAUGUCCAUUUAUGGAAAAAUCCUGCCUACAAAGGUAGUUUUUGUUUGUAAAUAUUUUUUUUUCUAACGGUAAUGCUAUCAUGUCAUGUCUUAACAUAAGGAUGUAUAUCCAACAGUGAAGUCUGAGUAUUUCAUGCAUGUAUUUUGAAAAGUUCACAAAGUUAAAUUUUAUAGUGCCAGAAUAAUCAGGACUGUUCUUCUCAAGCCGCUUAACAGUUGUCAUGGCAACAAAGCAAUCUUUAACCAAACAUUUCUCAGUUGACACAGUUUUACUUUUUUCUUGAUACACUUUAUGAAGAUUGUAGAAAUUAUUCUGUUUCAUCAAAAAGCAUUGCCACCAUGGGAUGUGGUCACUUUGCCCAGCAUUCAUAAGCCAUGCUAGUAAUCCAGAGUAUGAAUAUAUAGCAAUGGAGAGUCUAAUGAGUGGGACAUGCUGUACUGAGUUAAAAAGCUUACAGAAGAGAGGGAUAAAUCAAAUAAUGAACUUGAAAAGAAUACAACCAAGUUUGCAUCCAAUCUAAUUUUUGAAGAUGAUCCUUGAAACAGAUUCUAUAUGUAACCUGGGCAAUAUUUCUAGAAGCACGUCUGUUUACAAGCGAGGGACUAAGACCCGCAAAUCCCGGAAGCAUUUUUAAUCAGGACCAGUUCCUUUGAACAGUUCUAAAAUUGAGACAAAUCUGCAAGUAUUUGGUUGGAAAGAGAACUGUGGUCGAUUCUGUCUAGAAAUGGGUCAGAAUUUUAAAUUCCAGGAUAAGAUUUAUAAUAAGAGACAUUUUUGCAACCACAUCAUCAGCAUUUAUGUGUCAAUUUCCGAAACUAACAAAUAACAUUGACUGUUUCGAAACAUUAAUUGAAAAUCCAAAGAAACUGAAAGUAAGAGCACGGUGCUACAUUAACUUUAAGAAACAUACAGGGUUAAAUCUUUAGUUGCAUGUAAUCUACAUGGUAGUGUGCUACUUAUUUAUGUCUUCCACAUGUAGUGUUUGUUGAUAUGUGGAAACUUCUCUUUCACCAUUGGGCAGAAUGUCACCAAGCCGGUGCAAAACUAAGUGAUACAUACCAUUGGCAUGUUCUGGUUUAGUGAUAAUCAGUAGAGUUAUGGCCUAUAUUCUGUCAUAUUUUACCGUGUUUACACUACUUGUUGUAUACAAUUAGGAUGAAUUUUACCAAACCUCAAGAGUGAUUAGCGAAAAACGUAAUUGUACAUAUUAUUAUCGUGUACUGAUUAAACGAUUUUCUGCGGAGUCAUUACCCAUCGUUUGUCAAAUUCUUUGAUAUGUGCUACUUUUAUACCACUGUUUGGAAUGCCAUCAAAAUUCACAGGAGUUACCGCUGCGAAGCCCAGUUGUAUGUCUCGUUGGAAUGUUAUGGUUCAGUGAUUAAUUUCCAUGGAGUUAUGGCCUUUUAUAAUUUCUGCAUGGCAAGUGGUGGAAGACGUACGUUUUUCGUGAAAAACAACCUCUACUUUUAUCUAAAGGUUGGGAAGGACGAAAACAACCUCAACUUUAUCUAAAGGUUGAGAAGGACGUGUUUUAGACAAUCAAAUAACUAGGCAGUCAGGAUACAUCUCUCCGUUGAUUCUUCGUCCAGGUGACCAGAUUUUAGCUGACCGGCUGUUUAUGGUACGAGAGGACAUGACUACAGAAAGUUCAGCCAAACUUUUACCAAAAAGCAGACAAAAAGGCAGCUAUCUGCGCAACCAAGUGGAGAAAUCCCAUAAGUUGGCUUCUGUUCGAAUGUUAGUUCAGUGUGAUAGAGGCUUGAAGAAGUCUCGGUUUUCUAUCAUUCAAGGAAUUCUACCAUUAAAAUUAGUGAAUUCUGUCAAGUCGGAACCAGAAAACGUACAUCUUUCUAAUGCUGACAUGAUUGUAUGUGCUUGUGCUAUUGUUACAAACUUAGAAGAAGGAAUUCAGUCGUAGCAGAGUUGUAGACUUACCCAUGAUUACAUGAAUUAAAAUGUUUCUGGACAGAUGUUAACUAUAGGGUACAGUGCACAAAAUGGUUAAGAAAGUGUUAAAGUUUUAAAGAUGGGGUGAUUAUUACGUCACAAGUUGGACUAGAUAGAAGCCUAUAUUAAAGCUUAUAUAAAGUACCAUAUUUAAAUAAAACUUUAUUUUACAUUCCAAAUUUGAUUGAAAAAUAAUGAAAGGUAACUUUCAUUACAUUUCUCAAAAUGUUUUGUAAAUGUGUAGACACUAUUUUUUGGACAGCAAUACCAUAAAAUGCAUUCUUUAAAGUUGCCUAAAUCAGAAGUUAGUAUGCGAGUAUGUGAUAGGUUGGUAAUAGCCAGUUAAAAAGCCGAGUAUUUGUUUUGAUUUUAAGCACUCGGUGAACAUAAUUUAGGAGCAUAUUAUCAAAACACAGAAAUAUUUUAUAAACUAACAAAACUUUUACCAACAAUCUACCUGACCAUUACUGUCCCGUACGAUGGAUAUUUGAAAUAUUCUCAAAAAGUUGUCCCCCUUUAAAUUCAAAUGUCAUUUGUAAAGAAAUAAAACUAAACAAUUGCUGAAAACUUUUGCAAAUGCAUCAAAACGAAGAUACGUAACUGUUCUUUGGAAAUGGUGAGUUUUUUAACGCAAAUAUGACCGCUUUAUGAAGUUCUUUUCCGGAAUUCAAUGUAAAUAUAAGUAAACUGACAAUUUUAUAUAUGUUUUAUAUGCGGUUCAAGUGAAACAAUCCUUUCUUUCGAUGAUUUGUUUGAAUUUCUUUUCUCAAAAUGUAAGGCUAAACGUUAAGUGUAAAUUGAUCAGUUGUUGAAGUUUUAAAGAAAUUCAUUACUUUAGAAAUUCCGAUUAUUAUUGACCACAUUUACUAUGUGAAGUAAUUACUUAUAGAAUUCGAGACAUAUUUUGAAAUAUUGGAUAAGAAAUAUGCAUGCUAAUAGCAACAGGUAUAUGUCAGUAAAGUUUAUAAUCUGCUAAGAUGAUACCAAAAGCCAGCCAAAUAAAACAAAUCGACAGGUAAAUUUCUGCUGUGCUCUUAAUGGUUUCAUGACUCUGAAAGUUUUAACUUGUUGUGGGACAGACACUCGAAAAGACAAAUAUAUUGAUGAACAGCUUUUCUAUAUUUCCGUUGGACUUCACAACAGGGAAUAGUAAAUAUUUAUUACCUUUACAUGUUAGUGUUCAUGUGUUUUAGUGAAGUAUUGAAAUAUCUGGUAGUAAAGUUUUUUUUAAUCAUACUUUCACUUCAGUUCAAACCGCUGAAAUAAAACAUGAAAUAAGAAAUUGUUUAUUUUACAUUCAAGGUCAAAACGUAAUAAGAAUGUUAUCCUCUCGUGGUGUUCAUUCAUUGGUUUAUAAAACCUAAUUUUUAAAGACAUGCCUGGACAGAUUCUUCUCACUCUAAUUGCUUAGAUCCGAAAUUGCAAUGUUUGAAAUGUAUGUGAAAAAGGUUGUCAGUUUUGAAGUAAAAAAAGUCUUUUGAUUGAAGUCUUGAUUACAAUGUACAAUCUGA